AUGGCUACGUUUGGUAAAGAAGAAACCUUGAUGAAACCUGUGAUAGAACCUGUAAAAGGUCUUAUUGCAGCACAAGAAGAGGAAUAUCAGCCUAUUUCUAAUUUGUUCGAUUACUACUAUGAAAAUAGAAACUGCUCUAAUAUUAAAUAUAAUAUUGGCGAAGUCAAAGAUAAUCAAAAGGAGCAAUUAUUCGAAUUGCUUAAAAAUAAUUUGAAUUCUUGCGUCCAAGAUAUCUCCGAGUUAG